AUCUCAUAGGAGCUUUAAUGAUAUUCAAGUCAGAAUAUAGGGCAAUCUGCUGCUUCUUAUGAUAUUUGUCUAAUAAUUGCAUAUAGUGCUGGCUUCAUAUCAUAAUAAAUUAAGGUUGUGCCUCACUAAUCUUUAAAUAAAUUUUGAUUGGUUAAUUGAUUAAUUGAAAAAUGUAAUCUACAGCUGUUAAAGAAGCUGCAUUAUUGAGCUCUUGUCUCUUUUCCUUUGAACCCUUUCUUUGCUUUGUCCAAAUGCUCAGGCAUCAGCCAGCAUGUGUCUGUUGUGUAUACAACUAAUGUUAACCCCUUGUAUCACCGUUUACUCUAGGAGGGGCCCUGUUGAGGGUCCAUAUCGUCAUGAGGCUGGGUGUGGUGACACAUCCUUUCUCUCCGCCCCGAGGUGUUUGUGUAGCCCAAAUAAUGCGGGGAUAUUUGAGCAGGAAUUGACACACGUACACUUUAUUUUAUUUCAAACUAAAAAAAGCUUUAAAAGUCUGUUAAUCUGUUCAAAACACUGCCUUUUUCCCUCCUCUCUGUGUUACGUUACAAGCAGCUGGCGAUAAAAGUGAAAGCACAGCGCGCCAUGCAAAACAGGAUCGCGUGCGCGUUCGCGGGGCUCCAGCGCUGCGGCAGUUGCCAGGGGAGAUAGGAGGGGAGGGGUUUUGAUUGGCUGAAGUGGGCCUGUUGCCAUGACGACGGCUAGGGGUUUUGGUAGCGUUGCCGUGCGCUUGUGUGAUCCGCGCGCUGCGUGUAUGGAGGAAGCAGCUGCUGAUCUGAUCUCUGACAUUGUGUGAGACAGACAUCUGAAUAAAACUGCGCACAGACGUGUCUUUUUAAAACUCCGGACCGAGGCACGCCGUGGAUGAUUGUGAGUAAUUCAUAUCGUUUUUUUAAUUUUUCUUUUUUUUAUUUUAAUGAAGUGUUUUUCCGCGCUCGGCUGAAUAGGGUUUGUGUCUCGAACAAGCUAAAAGUAAAUGUGGUCAAGUGACUUUGCUUAGAGCAGACAGCAUGGCAGAUCAAGCGACAGCAUGUGGCCAGCUAGCUCCUGUUUGUGUUACUUCUCUGUUCUUUAAGCUUCACGAGUACAGACGGACGCGAACAGACUCGUAAAAAACGCCGCUUUUCGGUGUCUGAAAGUGGGAUAACGAUAACACACUUAGGGGAGUUAAAAUGUUAUGCUAACGCUAGCCGUACAUUUACCUUCACUGACCCGUCGAGCAGCUGCUAACGCUGCUCUGUCUCACGGUUGUCGGUGGGCUAACGCUGGUAACGCUACAGCUUAUCAACCACGUUAAAACUCAACAAAUUUAAACUAACUAUAAGGUUAUAAAUAACUUCACAACGAGUCCCGUGUGUCGGGAUGUGUUGUGCAAUUGUCCACGUCAUUACGUGUAACUUUGUAUUCCUCAUUGUGUUACUGCUUCAACUCCGUGGUGGUUUAAUGUCUCAGUAAAUCAGAAAAAGCUUCAAAGCUGCAAGUUUUCCUUUGUUGGAAACUCUGUGGGUUUGUAUUUCCCCUCAUCUCCAGGCUUCGUGUUUGAUAUUUAGUCUGUUUUCGCUGCCUAGUUUCUCAGGUUGUUGUUGUGGAGUCUGUGAUAAAUAGGGGAGACAGGGGACAGAUGCAACACGUCUUUGGAUUUCACUUAAGGGGCUUUUCCACUGUGAGAACUUAGCUCAGGAAUUUGGGACAUUUUGAAGAAGCUUUUUAAUCACAGGAACCAAGGUCUAAAUGUAACUUAUUUUAAUUGAACAAAAAGCUUGUUUUUUUUUAAAUAUUUUUUUAAAAUAAUGGUACCACAGAUGCUAACAGAAGACGGAGUAGACAUUCAGGAUUACGUCCAACUAGUGAUGGGCACAGCAGUUCUUUUAGAUGUACUGAAUCACUAGAAUCAGUUCACUAAAAAGAUUUGUUCACUAAAUCACCAAAUCAUUUAGCACUUGGCGGGAGAAGCCUGCGACUCUGACCUCUUGAACUGAUACACAGCUAAAUGUUUUAGGUUUUAGUUCAGUUCAUAGCUUCUGGGACCGGGAGACAAGAGUGUUUGUAAUAAUGAACUUGUUUAUAAGUCAUGAUGUUUAAAGUAUAGUGUUCUAUGGUAUGCUAUUUACCAGGUCUGCUCGGUCAGUGAGUGAUUUGUUAACUGAACGUUUAAAAGAAUUUACACUGAACAUGCACCGUUCCCUUGCAAACUGCUACAAUGAUAGGAUGCUGCGGGUUUAAUGCGCUACUUGUCACAUGCUGUGUCCUAUUGUAUGGAAAUUGUUUUGGUGGCAAUUGAGCAGUGGAAAAAAAGUAGUUUUGUCCAACAAAAAUGAUUCCAGAGAGUGUAGUUCAAUGUGUGAUUCGUUCACCAAGUGAUUCAGGCGUCGAUGCAUGUGGUCCUUGUUCACCGGCUGCUGGCCUGGCAAUGCUGUUUCUCACUUCAGCUCAAAUGAAGUGAGCACUGAACGAAUCACUCCAGGAAGUGAUUCUGAUCAGUGCAUUCACUUAAAAGAUUUGGUUCUUUUGAACAAGUCGUUCGGGAACAACAUGACACGAGGUCCAACAUGACCAUUUUUGAGGCUUUGGGAUGUUAAAAUAAUUGUGUUUGCAUUAAAAGCUGGGACACACAGACACCAGCUGAGCAGAGAUAAGGAUAGACAGGUAGAAGCGCCAGUAACCUGAUGCUAUUUAAAAAUCAAUACACCAUAGUGGCUGCCAGUGUGAUUUGUGACAGCUUCUCUAGGAAUAAAAAAAAAGACUCAAAUAAAGAGCUGUAUAAGUUACUUCAUUUCCAUUUACCACCCCUGAAUGUCAUUCGCCGAAUUGAAAUUAUUUACCCCAAACUUCAGGCCCCCUAGUGGAAAAACGGAAAACAGUUUGCCUCAGGGUUCCUAUAGUCCCUGGAAUUAAAAGCUCUGGGUCCUUUGGUCCUAAAGCAUCUUUAGGAAGAGUUCUCGGGGAGUUUUUGCUGGGAAGUGAUUGGCAUUGAACAAAAAACAGGAACCUCCCUGCCUGUAUUUACUGUAUUACAAUUAACAUGCAACUCAAGGUAAUGUAAAAUGACAAUUUUUCAAAUACCUCUCAACACAGCAGAGUUUCUACAGCAGUAAAUCAGUAUUUUUGUGUAAUAUCACAGCCAUUAUGAGUUGUGAUUGGUCUAAGUAGGUGUGGAAAAAAAAACCAUUAAUUAUUGAGAAUAUGAUUCAUCUCUAUGACUCACACUGGAAUAGUUUAUGCAAUAAGGAAGUUAUCCUUUUAUUCAUUUAUGAAACCUUAUUUUGAUAAACCUUGGGGUCAGGGAUGAUUCUGCAGACACCGAGCGCAUGUAAUUGUACGACCAGCUCAUCAUUUCGAGCAGAAAGUGACUGAAUCUCUCUUGUCUGUUUAAAAAGUGCCAAUCUAUGAAUAGUGCUAGUAGACAUCAGACGCCCUUGGUAACAAAUAUUUUUUGUUUUAUUUAUUUUUUAGACCUCUGGUUAUGUUUCCAUGGAUGCAAAUUUGAUUAUCCUGUGAUAAUCAAUGCCGAUCAUGGCUAUUAUAUUCCUGAGUUGCAUCAUUUCUCUGUUGAUUGCCAGCUUUUCUAUCCAGUGUUGGUUUCCCCACAAUAUUGAGAUAAAUUAAUCCAUUGUGAUAAAAAACAACAGCUUUGCCUUCCCAAAAUGAGACACAUGGAGUGCUGGUUUGACUGAGGAGAAAAUUUAGCAUUAAACAGUGACCAGCAGAUGAGGAUGGGGACCCGCAGGUCUUGACGACUCGGUAGCUGGAAGUAGGUUUGUCCAUACCUGUUUACUUCUAACAUUACUGCUUCUGAGACCAUUUGAUGGGGAAAACAGGGGUAUUGAAAAGAGCUCCACAGUCGCACAGAAACUGCACAUUGCUGACUGCUUCAUAUGUGCCAGUGCAUAAUUUUAGUAUGGAUGUUAUGGCACCUCUUACCAUGUUUAAAUAAAGUGUAUGGAUGCAUGUCAGCUUUGAGCCUCUGUAUGAACAGGACCCAACCAGUCAUAUUAACUCUGUAUAUUUAAAUCACAACUUCAUGCAAAUACAGGCAUGUGAUUACAUAUGAUGUAUUUUUUGCAAUAUUUAUUUAGAUGCAACAAAAGUUUAAUUAUGCAACAAAAAUUCAGAAAAAGCUUCAAAGUGUUUAGUAAUGCAAUAAAUUUGAGCAUAGUAUUCUGAAAUUGUAUUUUUGAUUUAAUGUAAUAAUAUGUAAUAAGUAAUCCCCCCAGUGUGUCAGUGUGUGACUGGAGAUUUAAUGCCAUUCUUGAAACCAAUAGAAAGUUCCUUGAAUCGAUAAUCAAAUCUCCUCCAGCCAUGACAGAACAUCAUGUGCUAGAUUCACUUCCUGACUUUGACAUGUGCUGUUCAUGUCACCGAGUCGAACAAAUCAAAGAGCUCAACUAAGUGUGUUUUGAAUUAUUCAUAAAAAGGUCAAGGGGAAAAAAAAUCAGCAGGGCUCAAUGUGUCUUCUGUCUUCUUGGGGAGGGGGUGGACCUUUCAACUGAGCAUGAGCGGCUUCUGAUUGGAGAAGUAAGACUUGUUGCAACCUCCCCUUGCCUUAACUGUCCUAGCAGGGAUUCUCUGUAGUGUGUUUACUGUCAGUUUGAGACACAAAUAUCCUCUUCUCAUUUGUAUAAGUUGGUCUGUAUUUUACAGUAUUAAUGCUAUAUGAAGGCAGCAGAGGUCAGGAGGCGUCACACAGGAGCUAAGCACAUGAUGUAAUGGAUUAUCACAAGAUUGUCCCAGAUAUGGAGCGCUUUACAAACAAUGCCAGAGAGGAAAAACACCGCUUUUACACCCAUUUUUAUACACUUUUGUACAUUGCUGUUGAAUAGAUCUUUGUGUGCUUUAUGUUGUUUCAAGUGUCUCAGCUUUUUUCCCAGCACCCCUGUCAGUUUCAUAUUUACCCAACUGGAGGAAGCUCAUCUAAAAUUCAUCGUGAGCGCUGAGGUUUAUGUGUAUAUUUGGAAAAAGGUUGUGACAUUAAUGUAGACUGACGUGUCUUUCUUCUCGCUUGUCAGUUUGUAAAGCCUCGGCAGCUACAGAGAAGACAAAGUCAGGAAGAACUGAGGAGAAGAGGAAGAUGAAAAAGCGGCAGAUGUUGUCGAUGGGCCAUUAUUUUGCACCCACAACCUCUACGCUUGUGUUGUAGGUCAAACCAUCUGCUGUUUGUAGUUGUAGCGUGAAUCCUCCUGUACAUGCAAACAUGUACAGGAGCCUCUGGAGGGUAACUAUUCCUGCCUCCCAGAAUAGACCAGGGUCUGCUAAGUUUACGGACAUUCAUUACUAUAAAUAAACCUCGUGGAAGCCCAGUGAUGUGGUUAUCACUGCUGACAUAAAAUGGCUUUAAUAAGGACAUGGAGUUCAAAUAUUGUUGAAUUAUUUUUAGUUGAGGACCAUGGUGAAGUUAUUCAAACUGCUCAGAGGCAUUGUAGUCAACAUGAUAGCAUUACUCUGUCAUUUCAGGUUCUUUUCUACCUCAACGAGAAGUGAAAUGCAGCUGAAAUAGGAGUCAGAUAGAGUAGUUGUGAUUAUUUUCUUUUUUUGGGCGGCUCUCAAUGUUUGAGAACUUGAAACCGAAAUUUACAACCAGUUCACGAGGCACUUGACAACAUGAGUCAUGUUAUUGUGUGUUGUUUUAGUCAUAUAAUCCUGACAGGAAACCCUGCAGUGCUGGCCUACUUGUUAAAUUCGUUUAAUGAUAUAAGGUCAAAGUCUAGUCAUUUUUUCAAGGCAGUUAUCGUCACACACUUCAAUCUAUGAAUCUACCGUACACAAGUGCUAUCAAACAGAUCUCAACCUGCGGUCUUGAACUCUGGAGAAUGCCACACGUCUUUUUUUUACCGCUUUGUAAACACCCUGGUGUCACUUUUCUGAGAAGUCAGCCUAUUGAACUGUGUAGAUGACAAACCGGGGAAAUAUGUCUCUUACAAUGGAGCGAUGGCUACAUACUGAACACAGUCACAUAUCUGAUAUUGUCCUAUAGUGUGAGCGUGAAGGAAUAGCUCAGAGGCUGAAGAUCUGCCCUUCAAAAUGGUGCUACUGCCGUGUAAUCAGUCUUAUCACACACAGUGUGUACUCUGACCCAGAGUAAAUGAAAGGUUGUGUCCUCUAAAAUCCACCAUGUUGUGUGGAGCUGUACCAGCAGGUUGAAAACUUCGCACAAUAGCUGACUCAAACUUUUAAAUCGCUUAACACAGUUUUAACUGGAUUUCUGUUCAUAUUAGCAGGACAGAAAAAAAGCCUCAAAGUUUCAUAACCUGGUGUUUUCACAAAACCCUAUAAUUACCAAGGCGUUUGUGACUUUGAUUUCUCUGACUAUUUUAAGGCUGUUUGAUUGAGGUAGCUAUUAUUGUUGUAAUGAGAGAGGUUGAAUAAUUCCAUGAUUGGCAGAAUGAGGAAGCUGACAGUUUCUGGUUCUUUCGGUUUGCUCUAAUUAUGUUGUUGUGUGGUUGUAGAAGAGUUUGCAGACAUGCAAAGUGAAAGGGAGUUGAAAAUACAUCAACAAUAUGAGCUGAAAAUGGAGUUAGAAUAGAAGAUUGAGCCUUUUUUUUUUGGCUUUUUUUUCAAGAUUUUGAACUAAAUUAAGUUGGCAGCACUCUGAAAAGUUCACCUGAUUUCAUCUUACAUAGUCCAGCUGGCACUGUUGUAAAACCUAUGAUAUUGGUAUGGGUACUGAAUCACAUUGGUGGGUUUUUUUAUGCUCAUGUUUUUUUUUUUACAAGAAAUAUAACACAUAAAAUUCUUGCAAAAACAUGAUGAUGUGCUCAAAAUUUCCCAGUGACUGCUCCCAAAUGAGACACAAAAAUAACACUAAGUAUGAGAUCCCAAAAAACUGGCAUGCAUGUAAUAACGCACACAGCAAUUCUAGAGUAGAAAGGAGACGAGUUGUAUAUCUCUGUUGUUAUUGUAGCUUGUACAGUGAAAUGAAGUCUGCAGAUCUUAAUUGUGCAACAUUCAGAAAUAUAAGAGAUAUAAAAAAGACACAGUGGUGCAAAAAAAGUGACAAUAAUGAAUAAAAAGAAUAAAUUAAAGCAGAACAUCAGCUAUAGAGCUGCUAAUAAGAGGAUUGGAGAUUCGCAGUAUUGGUAUAUAGGGCUGGGCGAUAUGGCCUCAAAUCAAUAUCACAAUAUAUUGAGUAGUUCACCUGGAUAACGAUAAAUGAACGAUAACUUCUCCACAAGCUGCUCACCCCCUCGUACAUUAACUUUGUCUACUUCAGCCGCCGCUCCAGCCACUUCAACUUUUGAACCGUCCUCCAUCUCCUCACCUGUCUUUCCCUCUUUGUUACGGACUGGAUGGGGUGGAGUCACAUCCCUGACAUAGGACAGCAUCUUGGAGGGACAUGAGACCAUAGCCUACCUACACACAUUCAAAACCAACUUUUAUUAUUUAUUUAUUAUUUAUUUUGACACCGAAUAUAUUGACAUGGGCAAAGUGACGUCGGUUAUUGUCGUAAAUUUCGGUAUCUGUAAAUCUUCGGUUUAUCGCCCAGCCCUAGUGGUACACAGCUGCUGCACCAAGAAUGUAAAUAUUGGACAUUACCUUGACUUUCUUAAAUAAUUUUCCCCUUUUUUUCUCUGUUUUUUUUUCUCCACAAACCGUUUUACAACACUAACUAACCCAUAUCACCUUAAACUCAGGGAUUUAGGAAUCAAUCCAGGUUGCAGUGAAGCUCAGCAGGGACAAACACCGGAGCUCUAAAUGUCUGUUGUGAAACAAACAGCUGUCCUGUCAUGUUUUAAAUCUUCCAGUGUCUGUCUGUUGGAUCUUAGUUCAGGUUAUUUCCACACUGAGGCCUCAGGUUUGGUAAUGCUUAGUUACUCGCUCUUGUGUUUGCAUCCUGACACAAAUAGUGCUCAGUUCAUGACAGCAGAUGCAAAUGAUGUGAAGAGAUCGUCUCACAUUACCGAUCCUUGAUGGGUUAAAAAAGUCCUGGAUUGGCUCCCAACUGGGACUGAAGUUUUUCAACUGAAUUAAAAAAGAACUGUUCAAAGGUUCAUGCUCAUCUCCUAUGUUGAAAACCUGAAUAUUGAUUUUGAACAGUUGCAGCCCAUCAGCCGUGACUGCUUGUUGGUGACCUCUCUGGCUGCUUGGUGUUUGUGUCGGUUGGCUUGAAAGAUUGAAACCACAUGUUUCUUCACCUGCUCACACCCACUGUGUGUGUGUAUUUGUGUGUGUUUGUUUGUGUGUUUCUGUGAAGGGGGGGUAUCCCCGGGAGUGUGUCGUCUUCUGUUGUCUCAGCUCUGUGACACUCCAGUUAAUCAAACAUUGGCAGGAUCUCUGAAUUGAAGACGUUAACGCCCGUAGAGUUUACACCCUCAUGCCACCUCUUCUCUAAAUUUAACUCAGGUGAUCGUCAUGUCUUGUUUUUUGGUUACACUUUGCAUAUUUUUAUCUAACAUCUCUUGAAAAAACACGGGUACGACUAAAUGCCAUCUAUUUUUACUCCCCCGAGCUUCCCUCUUCGCGGCUGUCACUGUUUCACAAACCGAGGUCAACCCAUUGUUAAUGUCAUGACAGGAAAAACAAGACAGGACAGGAUGAUAUUGAAGUCUGCAAAUCCAAACAUAGAAAUCGGAAAAGUUUGUCCUCCUUGUGACGCCCCUCCUCCUCCUCCUCCUUCAGUCUUUGUUUUACAUGUCUGUAUUGGUCACUCUGGCUGUGCACAGGCUCUAUAAUGAGCACCCCUCCUUUCCUCCCUCUUUAACCCCUUAACUGUCCCUGUGUCUGUCCUGCUGGUAACGGGUCACCCUCAACACUCAGCUCAUUAGGGGCUGCCUCCUUGAAGGCAGGGCUGCCGUAACAGUUUCCUCGACUCAGAGAAAGGAAGAGAGCAGCACGACUGUGUCCUGUGUCACAAUGAGUCUUUGUCCCGUCACCCCCCAGCUGAAUUAACGGGACUUCUUUAAUGGAUGAUAGUAUGACAACAAGAAAGCAGGCUGAUCAAGUUUAAAAGUUCGUAAGAGAGCGCUGAUAAAGACCUGUGUGAGAAAACACAAAGACGACGAUGUUAAACACUUUUAUUUGAAUGAGACUGUUUAUGAAAAGGUACAAAGCUCAGUUUACUGGAGUGUUCUUAUCACAUCACCAUGGCGAUUUAUUGCGAAACAAAGAUACACAACAAAACAAAAACUCAACCUGAGCUGUUUUGUUGUGUUUCUCCUGUUUGUAAUUAUUACACUCAAUCAGCUGCAGUCAGUAUAAAGUAGAUUCUGAUUCAUAAAAACCUUGACUGUUUAUUUUUUAAUCAUCGCAGCAUACUGAAUCUUUCCUCAAACUUUUAUUACAAGGUGAUUAAACUUCAAAACUGUGCAGUGAUGGUUUAUAAUGUAACUGCUGUUUUCAGAGAGACUAUCAUGAGAUGACAGAGAGACACAGCAUGUGACAGAACGGUUGUAGAGAGACAGAAAAUGUGAGGUAGAUGUGCAGCAAAGGGUCAUAGCUUGUAGGGCUGGGUGAUAAACCGAAAACUUACCGAUACCAGAAUUUAUGACGUCAUUUUGCCCAUGUGAACAUAUUACGUGUCAAAACUAUAACUAAAUAAAAGUUGGUUUUGGAUGUGUUUAGCAAGGCUAUGCUCUCAUGUCCCUUUAAGACGCUGUCCUACAUCAGAGACAUACUCCACCCCAUAACAAACAAAGAGGGAAAGACAGGUGAGGAGAUGGAGGAUGGUUCAAAAAUUGUAGUGGCUGAAGUAGAUGAAGUUAAUGUGGGAGGGGGUGAGCAGCUUGUGGAGUAGUAAUCGUCCAUUUGUCAUUAUCAAGGUGAACUGUGCAAUAUAUUGUGAUAUUGAUUUGAAGCCAUAUCGCCCAGCCCUAGUAGACAUGCAGUAAAAGGUCAUAGCUGGUAAUCAAACCUCUAUACAUAGGGCAUUUAGACCACCAGGCCUUGAGCGCCCCUCUUCUUUGGUUGUAUGAGAUAUUUGUGAGGUUGUUAAAAUAACUCGAAAGUCUUUGAUUUGUGCUUUAAAAUGAAAAUCUGUGUUGACGUGACAGUGUGAUAGAAACGCUUCGAGUGCACGGUGCUCACGGAUCAGCAAGAACAACUGAAUAUGCUGGAGUAUGCGUGCCAGGCUGUUAGCUGGCAGUAAAACUUUAUAAUGAAACACAGCUGAAGAACACCACGCACCUACGCACGCAGAGAGGUGCUCUUCAAAGGCAAAUGGGUCUGCAACAUCACUGUUUUCAUAGGAUCUGUGCAGCAGUUUACACGGCAACAAAGGAAGAGAAGAAUCCACUCUGGAAUCGCAGUAAUAGAUUAUACCUUUCUGUACCCACAUGGGGCGCCAGUUGCUCCGCCCCUUUGUCAAGAAACCAGUUGGAAGGAUGCAAAAUGCAAAUCUGGCAGCAAAGUAAAUGACCAAAGUGCUCCAAAUACACUGUCAUGACUGUUUGGGUUUGAGUUUAUUAAUAUUAUCUAAACAAUAAGGUGGAGUUGACCCCAUUAGCAGCUGUUUCAGUUCUCCAGUCUAGUUCUCAAGCUGACCAGGAUCCUCUGCGGCUGAAACACUUACUGUACUAUCCAACCACACUUCCAAAAAAAGGGGAACUGUCCCUUUAAGGUAUAAGCAGAAAACCUGCAAUAAUGCUGUAAAAAUCUUUGGCAGAAUCAAACACCAGAGUCAGGCCAAACACUAAUAACAGCAAUAAUCUCACAUCCAUUCAGAGAUACAGAAGCUGUUAAACAUAUGAUGAUUAAAUAAUGACUAAUUUAUGGCGCUGGUAUCACAGAUACUGAAACUGAAAAACAGGUUUUAAACCGGCUCUAAUUAAAAGCAAUGAAAAGAAAGGUAAAAGCUUUUUAGUACCUUCAUAUUUAAACUCUAAAAAGAAAAGAACGUAUGCACUUAGGCUACAUUCACACUGCAGGUUAUGAUGCACAAUUCAGAUUCGGAUUUUGCGGCAUCGAAUGUGAACGAAAUGCGUCCGUGAAGUGACCCGCAUGCGCACAAAGCACAAAUUGAUUUCCGCGCCUGUUUGUGUUGUCGAAUAAUGAUGACGUUUGUAGCAUAUUGAUGACGUAUAGGUCGGAUGAACGCACCUGAGCGUCCACACUGCAGUCACAUCAGAUACGUAUCUGUUCACACUUAUAUGAAAAAGUCAGAUAUGUGUCACAUAUGGUUAAAAAAUCAGAAUUGACCUGCAAUGUGAACAUAACCUAAGUUGGGCUUUGAGUGCAGCACAUAAAGAGAGCUGCGGUCAUAUUUUUGUUUGUCUUUUGUGACAUGCUUUUUUGGUUGAUUUGCAAAUUUUAGAGUAGUCCUCCAGAGCAAUUCAUUUGAGUCUGUCGUCACGCUCUUUCUCCUGUCGUAUCUUUUUGGAAACUACUAUUUUACGUCUUAAUUUAACACAGAUUCAUACGGGAGCGAUGAUGAAAAUGAUGGUAGAUUUUGCCUCCUGCGGGGCCACGCUGCUAGUUUUUAGUGUUUUCUUGUACAUAACAUUUUCAUUUGCAAACACUCGCAGUAUUUACAUGGAAAAUAAUCUCUUCCAAAGCACAUUCCUGGAAGGGCUUAUGUUGAAACUUCAGCUGAACUGUUAAAGGGGACAUUCACUUUUGUUUCUAAAAAUACAGACAGCGUAAAAUCAUCUCCUCCGUUAUGUAUUCGGAGGAUUAUGAGCAUAAGUGUGCCUUUUUAGUCGCCCGUGUUUGAAAGUGCACAUGUGAGGUUGUUGCAUAUGUUGUUUGGCGUUGUGUGUAUGUGUGUGUGUGUUUGUACACUGAACUCAGAGCCACAUGACCCAUGAGAUAAGGUUUCACUGUUGGCUGAGGGCUGGCAUGUACUUUUACAGGCCUCCCCUCGUAGCUCACUCUAAAUCUCAGUGUGAAGUUAAUGCCUCUGAUGAACAACACAAUCAUUAUCUAUUGUCUUGUUUGCUCAUUUCGUCCCCUGACUGUUUGGUGAUUGCAUCAGUCAAUUCAUUAGAUUCUGCUCGGGUGUUUGUCAGCAGUCUGUAAGCUACACGCUGCUGGAAUUCAUAGAUUGCCAAAGUAAACUCUGCUGCUUCAAUAACCGCUACCUCCCUCGGCCUCUCGCUGCUCAGAGUCCACUGUUCGGGAGUAGAGCGGGCCGAACCGUCUCUGUGUGAAGUCUGAAAUUGUUUUCUGAAAAUGAACUUCCUCAACAGGCAGGAGGUGUUUCCUUCCCAUCCCAGUCCUCUGUUUGAAACUGUGAGGUGAAUACUGAGCACAGCCGAAACAUGACUAGAGCAAAAACAACUGCUCCUUUGUGCGAGCCGAGCGUGAGGAGGCCAAUCCUGUUAGCUUUUUUCAUUCACUUUUACUCGGAGACUCUUUGAAACCAUUCAGCAUUUCUAUUUUGGAAAAAGUCUCAUUUUAUCAAUAUUCUGAUUAGCUUUCACACCGGCGGAUUUAUUAUGACAUAAUUUGACUCUCCCAUGAUAUAAGGGACAGCUACUUGGCUGCCUCGCUCUGGAAAACCCUCUCUCUCCCUCUCCCCCUCUCUAAUUCACUCCUCCUUUGUCUCAUUCACAUUUUUAGAGCUCCAGCCAGACUGGGUAGUCACCUAAAUAUCAGUUAGGGUUUCAAAUAACAGCCUUCGCCAUGGGGCUUUGCGACACACCUUUGUGUAUCUGUUACAGAGGAGUAACUGGUUUGUGUCGGCUGGUUUACCUCGUGUGAAAUAGGUGGGGCAACAAGAGGCAGUUACUAAUACAUAAAAACAGAAUUAGGUGGUUUGUAGAUGAUGGUAAUUGAAAGUAGAGAGAUUCAGUUUUAGAAAUACAAGCUCGUUUGAAUUUGGAAAGUUGUGACGAAAACAAAAAGACUGACAAAGUGUCUGAACUAUUUGGAUUAAUUUGCAACAGGUUAGUAACAUAACCAGAUACAAAGAGUAGAGUCUCACAGAAGUAAAGAUGGGAAGAGGUUCAGCUUUCUGUGAGGGACCAGGUGAGGAGGUAAAGUUUGUUUGUUUAGCACGGUUAAGAAUAAAGUGUUUACAGGAGUAUGAUCCUGAGCGUCAAGUUGCAAAGAAUUUUGGAUUUCAGCGUCUACAGUCCAGAUUCAGAGUCAAAGGGACAAGGCCUGGAUGGCUGUGAUCUUUGAGCCCUGCAGUAAAAAAACAGACAUGACUCUGUAGUGGAAAUCACUGCAUGGGCUCAAAAUCACCUCCCAUUGAUGCAUGUACAAAUGCAGCUUACAAUCCAAAGAGGAAACAAGAUUCUAAACAUGAUCCUGAAACAACAGUGACUUCUCUUGGCUCCAGUCCAUUUAAGAUAGAUUAAGGUGAAGUGGAAAACUUUCCAGAGGUCUGAUAAAUCUGAAUUUGAUGUUCUUUUCUGAGGUCGUAGAUGCCAGAUCCUCUGCACUAAAACAGGGUUUCUGCUGGGUCUUAAACAGUCUGCAGACAUCUAAAAUCCAAUAAUUUGAAUUUAGGGCCUUAAAAUGUUAAAUUCUCUUAAAAUGUCUUAAAUACAAAUUUGAAAGUUCUUUAAAAUGUGUUGAUGUUACUUACAAAUACAGAUUGAUUUGAAGUUAGUUUAAAAUGUUCCGAUUUCCCUUCAUGUCUUUUGUACUUUUUUGCCAGUAUGGAUGUAAAAAUGACCUUAAAUUGUUUCAUUAUGGUCUUAAAAAAGUCUUCAAGUCUUAAAUUUGACGUGUUGAAACCUGCAGAAACCCUGAAAAUGGGAGAGACCACCUGGAUUGAUUCUGUCAAACUGGACGGUACCUCUACAGCUGAACAGUAUACAGGUUUUGGAUUGACAUGCGCUGCCUUCCAGAUGUUGACUUUUUCAGAGUAGAAUUCGCAUAAUGCCAAACUAUACGUAUUCGCUGCAUAUCCCAACAGCAUGGCUCCACAGCAGAAGAGUCAGGGUGCAAAACUGGCCGGUCUACAGUAACAGCUUCAAACAAAGAAACCCUGAACCGCAGCAAAACAGAAGCUGAAACCCUGUAAAAAGCUAGAAACGGUGCAAACUGGUCUCCUUGGUUCCUCAACUUUGAGACAUCGGAUUUAAAACGAGUACAAAUUGUUCAGUUUCAGGUUGUAUAUUUUCUCUGUGUUUAUUUCUAAUUUACCUUUGUGUGGUAUUUACAACAAAGCCAAAGUGUAGGUUAUUUUUGUUGCUGUGUGUCACGUUGAAUAGCUGUAAUAAAGUAAGCCCUAAUGGCACUUAGUAAUUAGUGCCAUGACAUCCAGGUUGGCUGUGGCCUUUCCCUCUGCUCUUUGUCAGACAGGUUUGUGGAGAACAGCAGCAGACUGCUGGCCUCAGCAUUUUCCGCCUGUAUUGAUCUCCCCACAUUAGCUCUCUCUUCAUGCACAGACAUGAGCACAAUUGCUUCCCUUACAACAUUGGCUGCCUUGGCAACUGAGUCCUGAUCGUGAGAUUUGCUCCCAGAAAACAUCUCAAACCAGUACCUCUUCAUUUCGCGGCGCUACCGUCUCCUUUACAUUCCCCCGUACGUGUUUGACACAUCCACGGCUUGAUUUGCCACUUACAGCCAUCUCCGUAUGUCUUUGUGUAUUUUGAAUAGGGUAAGUGCUUAACAGGAUAAAAGAGCAGUUUGAAAAGGGGGGGAUAUGUGGCUUGGCACCUGCUGUUAGUGCCUGCCUGUUUGCACAUGAAUAUGAUGAGGCUGGCGGUGUGCGAGGCUAUUUUAACUUGCAGAUGAGCCAUCAGGUCAGCACCGUUGCAGCUUUGGUGUAUUUUCAAGGAUGAGCUGCAGUCAACAGGCCAGCGCAGCUUAUUAGUUCCCUCUCCCCUUUCCACUCUUUACACACUAGUGUCCCAUUAUUCACUGCAUUCCCAGCCGCUUCCCUUUGAUGCCUUUUCAUAAGAGCAAUGAUAACCGCGAUCAGCGCAACAGCAGAAGUAAUUGACCAGCUGCAGUCACAGUAAAACACUUCCUGUGUUUGGCUGCAGCUCUCUCAGCCGUCCACCCUGCCUCCGUUGAUAUUUAAAUUGGCGGUCUUCUGGAGGAGCUACUCGACAGAGGAUAAGUGCUCUCUUGCACCCGAGGGUCCGGCUGAGAGGUCAGGACUGUGGAGACGGACUGAGGUGCAGCUCUCUUGUUUCUGUAAGGUUAAUCAGCGGCCUGACACCUCUCCCCGGACUGGGACUUCUUCUCAACCCCCCCCCCAGCCCUGCCUCAAAACCAAAUAAAGUCAGCUCACUCACUCAUGGCCUGUGGGGGAAGAAAGGUGGACCUUAUGGAGUGUUUACAGCUGACCCCGGGUUCAUAAAACACUCCAGCCCCACCUUUUUAUCAAACAAAGAGGCCUCUCUGCCACACCCCUGUUGGCUUGUGGUUAACUGUGACUUAAGUGUUUGUCAUCCACAUGAAUUGGGUAACACAUCCACGGAUGAAGCAUCAUGAAGUGAAGCUUUGAGACAGAGUUUCUUUUUCUAGUCUGCGUGCACAAAAACUCAAAAGAAAAGACUGUGCCCCUAAUUGUGCUGUUAGGGGGCGCCUACAUGUGGUGUAACACGGCUGAAUUGGUUGUAAUGAAGCGACAACCUCUGGUCUUGAGAAAGAAACAGGUGCGGAGGUGCUAAAAACUGCAGUUCCCAGAAUGCCCACUAUAAAGGCUGGCUGCAGAAGCACCGCAAACCACACACAGAGCCAAUAAAGUCAGAAAUAAACGAACUCAAAAACAGUUUUAGUCUGAAUAGCUGCCACGGCAACCACGGUACAGAGAUUCAUUUAUUCUGUCGUGCGUUCAGGUUACAUGAUUGGCAAAUAAGAGGCAUGGCUGACUUGACUGGCAGACCGACACGCUAGCUGUUUACGUGGUCUUUUGUAGGUUAACUGUAGGUUGAGUCAGCAUUGACAACAUGGCGAUCACUGCCGACAGGCUUUAAAACUCGUCACCUGUUACUCGUCGGUUAUUAUACAGUCUCUGGUUGUGAUACACUGCAUCACAGUCACCGACAAAGAAAGUAAAAGAGAGCAGCAGAACUGAAUCUGAUGACUUCAUAAUCACCUCUUGCUCUCCAUCGUUGGCUGUUUAGCUGUUAAAAAUGUUGUCUGGCAGUCAUCAGAUAACUAUAUUUGCAUCCUCCUUCAUUCAACCACCUUUUUUAGAGGCGCACAACCAAAGUUCCUGUACACUAGGGUUGGGAAUCACCAGUGGCCCAACGAUGCAAUAUUAUCACGAUACUUGGGCCGCGAUACGAUAUUAAUACAAUACAGUUUAUUGCGAUCUAUACAGUUUUAUCAGCUGUUUAUCUAAUUUAGCAUUUAUGUUUUUCUUAUUUAUACAGUAUUUUUUUUUUCAUGUAGCACAUCUUGCAAACCCUAUGUGUGUCAGGUCCAUCUCAUUUGCGCCCUGCUUGCAUUCCCUAUGUCUUUCCCCAGGUGCUGCUAUAUUUGUUGCACUAAUUUUCUCCUGCUCUAUAAUGACACCUCUGCCGACCUCACUGGACAAACACUUGAUUUUAUUUUUCCAUUAUCAUGGAUUUGACUUCAUAUGAACAAUUAAUGUGAAAAAAACAAUACUUGGUCAGUAAGUCGAUACGAUAUAUCACCAGACAAAAUAUCCCGAUACUAUGCUGCAUCGCUUUUUUGUACUCGUAAGAUUUUUCUCCUGAGGUGGGAAACUUUAAGUGCUCACUUUACGAUAAAAAUCCAUCUUUGGAGAGAUAGACCUCAACUACAACUGGAAAAAGUUUAGAGAGAAACAAGCAAAGCCAGACUGACUCUAAAAGUGGGAUAUUUAUAUAGUUAUACCUACCUAUGAUGCCUUUAUAUGUAUAACAGUGUGAUGGUGCAGCUCGGCUCGCAGCCCCAAACUCAUUAAGAGACCCAUAUCUUUAUCAUUACACUGUUUUAGUCUCUGUUUUUGUAACCAGGAGGUCUGUUGGACCUGAAGGAUACUCCUCCACAUGGCAAAACCCUGUGAGUGACGGGCACCAAGCAGUCCUGUAAACUCUGUUAUCAUCAGAAAUGGCAGCUCAGUUAGCAGCCCCUCCUAACACACUCCGAUUAUCAUCAUUUCAAAGGGCUUUUAUGCCUCUAUUUGUAGGACAGCUGAUAGAGUCGAAAACUAGGAGAGAUUGUGGGAAAUGACAAACAGCGAGGGGCCGCCCACUUCGAGGCCUGUUGCCUCUGUAUUUAUGACACGCAAAUUUAAGCACAAGGCUAAACUGGCGCCCCAGAACAUUAAUUUUAAAUAUUCAAUCAGCGUUUUACUUGAUCGUGCUGUCUUUUACUAUCAUGACCAGAUAGAACAAAGCCUUAAAAUGUAUGAUAGAAAUCUUCAGGUCACGCUGAUUUAAUAUAUUUCAAGGAUAAAUCUGCUCCUCUCUGUAAAUAUCUUUCAUGAACCGGUUGCUUUUCCAACAGGUAUCAUUAUCAAAUCAUAAGGUGAUAAAUAAAAUAAAAGAUAUUUGAGCUCAGAUAAAUCAAAGCAUGUGUAAUUUUUUUAAAAGCACUGGAUGUUUCUUUUUUUUUUUUUUGAGCUGAAAUUCUUGGAAGUAGGAAUGAUAUUGUCCUCCAAACCUGCGGGCCUGUCUGUCUGUCUGUCUGUCUGCACGGUCCCCUCUUUCUCUUUGCGAAUUCACACAGAGUAGGAACCUGUCAUGUUGAGGGAUAUCUUUUCGUGUUUUGGUCUCUUGAGCAGAGAUUUUCUUUUAACACAAAUGGGCAGUUCUCUCGCUGGCUGACACAUCUGAUUGCUCUACUUUGCUGAGAGCUGUGAUUCAUCCUAGACUGAGGAUAACUUACAUAGCCCACCUCGCUGAGUCUCAGCUCUCUCUCUCUGUCUCUCUGUCUUGGUCUCAUGUUCACUCUCUUCUGUCGUGCUCUGUCCUUCCAUAAAAGGAUUUCCCUAUUGUUGUGUCCCUUCCUACGCUCACUCAUCCUGUCCCCUUCCCUUUAGCCUGGAAAGCUCUUUGACUUCCUCGUUUUUCCACAGAGGUACAAGCGAUACACGAAGAUGAUUUCAGUGACACUAGCAUGUAACAGAAACACAAUGGAGAGGCAGAACUCAGGACAAAAUGUAGCUCACAUGACGUCACCUAAAGAGCUGAACGAAGCGCUGAAUAAAUCAUGAUGUUGGAUUUAGGAGUCACGCUAUACAAAACGGGAUCUGUCCUUGUGUGUUUAUCCUGUCAUUGAGAGCUGAGUGGUCAUUUUGUAAAUGCACUAACGCCUCCUUCUUCCCCCCUCACGUCCUCAUUGACAAACUGAUUUGUGCGUGUGUUUCUGUGAGUGCGUACACUCCCUCUCCUGUCUCACCCACUGUGCAAAUACUCUCGAGGUUGACCCAAUUCUUAUCUUAUCAGAGAAAUGAAAAGAUAUCCGCCUCACAAACCUCCCAACCAUAGUCUCGUCUUGGUCUCGAUCCAGAGUGACCCAGAACCCUCAUAGUCAGGGGCAUCUGGUGUCCUCCCCAGCCCCCCCAGUGUGGAUUACUUAUUCUUGUAGUGUAUCUAUAUAUUGUUCACGGGAUUUCUGCUCCAAAUCGAGAGGACAGUUUUGUUUUCAUGGUGACACUCUGCACAUAGAGCUUGUUGAGCGGAGCCAAAGAGGGAUCUCUGUGUGCUCCGGCCUCAUCAGCCCAGUGUUAAAAGAGACCACAGCUUGUUGUCAGCGCCAUGGAGGAAUGUAGUCUGCCUCUCAUUGGUCCUGCUAUCGUUAAAUAACAGCUAAUCGGAGUAAAUUAGCAUGCUGUGAGUUUGUAUGAUUAGGAAUAACUCGCCUUUGUAGCUUAAAGCCAGCAGCAGCAUCUGGUCUUGAGAAGUGAAGAGAGUGCAGAAGUGCUGUAAGGUGUAGUUCCUUAAGUGUCCACUAGGGGCCGGCUCCGAAAGCUUUGGAUGCCACAUACACACCCAUUUAAAAUCACAGUAAAAUUAAACAUGUCUUGUACAGAAAAGUAGUUUGAUCUCUUAACUCUUUCUGUCCACACACACGAAACAGAGAGUGACAGUUUUAUGACUCAGUAGCUUUGAAGAUUUCAAGAUGAGACGUUCCUUUAGUAGUCCCUAGGGGGGAAUUUCCAAAUUUACAGCAGCAUAUACAGAUACAGUAAGAGAAAAAUUGAAAGAUAAAGAAACUUUGAGUUAAAAAAAGAUACAUGAGUCAAGGUCAAGAGUUUGGCCAAACUAGCAGGCGUAGUUUUGCUGCUAGCUAAGAGGCUAAAGGUUAGGCUCAACGCAUUUUUCUACUUUGCCAAACCUAAAGAAUGUUGGGUCAGCAUUUCUACUAUGCCGAUUGCCAUUGACCUUUUUUUUUUAUUUUUUUCAUAUUAUUUUUUUGGUCGAUUUUUGGCUUUUGUUGAUAGGACAGGGUGAAAUGUGGGGAGAUAUGGGGGAUAAGGGAGGACAUUCAGCACAUGGUUGGGGCCAGACUCGACCCCCGUGACCGCUGCGGGGACCAUGGUCCCCGUACAUGGGGCACGCUAACCCGCUCGGCCAUCUGCGCGCCCCCGUUGACCAGUUUUUAAAGUCAGCUUUAGGAACCAAAGGGUGUCGGCGUUGAGUCAAAGUCCGUGUUUCAUAGAGUUUCAACACGUCAUCGAUCUGACUCCAGGUUAAAAUACGGUUUUAGUUUGUAUUCAGCCAAGUUGUCCUCAUCAGUUAACAGACUAAACUAGCCGCUCUCUUUGGUAGAUUCAAUGAGGUUACCAUCCGUCCUUAAAGAAAUGCACUUUGUUGCCAUGGUUACCAGAGGCAUCAUCUGUUUAUUCACUGGUUCACAGACACGAGUCAAAUUUCUCAGUGUUUAGUCAGAUUCCAACAAAGCAUGUCCAUCACAUAUACUGAGAGAGCGGCUGCUUGUGUUUGCUGUAACGGACUCUCAGACUGAGAAAGUUGCUUUAAUUACGUAUUAAUUAAUCACAUUGUGCUGAGAGUCGGACGCAUAUUUUGUGUCUGUUAUUAUUAAUAUCAUAACCGAAUAAAUGAAGUCUCUCUCUCUCUCAAAAUACCAAUAACUCCUCCUCUGCAGACUAGAGUGUCAUUGUCUUAUUAAUUACCCUACUUGGCUAAUGAUAGAGGGCUUAAGGCUGCAUUAAAUUUCCUGCUGCUGUUAAAUGACUGACAACUCCUGGCUCUGCAGCCUCUUUACACUACUUAAUCUGGCAUGUGACAAAUCGAGUCUUGAUCCGGGCUGAAUGCAGAUCAGCCUGUAAGAGCCAUCCUCUCAGUAAGAUGGAGGCCCAGCACUCAGUCCCGCAGCCGCCUGAUGGUCUCACGCUCAUUUACACAUAACGAGCAGCGGGGUCGCGUCUCAAACGAGGUGGGCGUCGAGGAGUGGAGCCUUAAGUCGGCGCAGUUUCUCGAGAGGUCCUCCUCAGAGGUCCUCCUCAGCUGGAAUCAAGAGGAGGGGAUGGCUGAGAGCCUCUCCUCCUGGGUCCUCGCCAGGCGUGAAGGAGAGGGACAGUGAGAGGGGCCGCGGGGAGAGCAGCGGAGGCAGACGGGCACAGCCGCGAGGGGGGCGUGGCCUCGGGGAAGACUUAAGAAAACAGGGUCAACGCUUGGGAGAGCACAUCAGCCUAAUAUGUCACAUCAUGUUAUUUCACCCUGCCAACCCUAUUUUGUAAUCAGGCCUCCAUCAGAAACUGGGAUUCUUGUCUAUAAGCUGUCAAACAUGAAUGAAAACCUCUAAAAAGGGUGUCGGGUUAAGAGUUAAAAAUGAGUCUCAGUCUGGAUGAAGUUGAGUUAAACUGUCUGAUAAUGGGAUUAGAUGGGCCUGGUUUUCCAUUCUCCAAACUUUCUCCUCAGCUGUCCCACAACCCUAUUUGAAAAAAGUGCAAAAUCAGACUAUCAAAGAGGAAAAUGUUAUCUUUUAUUUUGAUGCUGCAACGUAUUUCAUAAAAGCCAGUACAAGAGCAUGUUUGCCACUAUGUCGUAUCACUUCUUCUUUUAACAAAACUGAGUUGACCAGUUUCUGGAGUUUUGAAAGUGAAAACUGGUCCUAGUCUCUCCUGAUACAGGAUUUAUAAUGAUAUUAUGUCUACAUCAGUGUUGUUUUCGUGCCCCUUUUUUUCCAAGACGAAGACAUAAAGUUGGCGAGCUAAACAUAAGUCUUAGAUGACUAAAAUGUGACGAGACAAAUGUGCGUUUACGUUGACUAGACGAAAACUUUGGUGGUGGACGACGAACAGAGUUGCCAAAUUUUGUCAGUCAAACGCUAAACAUAUAUUCGCAGUGUUGUUUUCGUUGAUGAUGACGACACUGGUCUACAUAAGGGUUUGACCUGUAUUUUUCAGGCAAAUACAGAUCUAUUAGAGACUGAUGAUGGAUUUGCAGUUUCGCUGUAACACCUGUUUCUCUCUUUUUCUCCUUAGACCUCUUUGAUUUAAUGGGUCCAAUCAUUGGGAUGUCACCAGAUAAGAAAACGGAAAUUCCGGGUAUGCAAGAGGAGCGGACGGGGCUCAGAGGUGUUUGCGGCGUGGGGACGCUGCCCGAGGCGGAGUGUGCAUCCAGUCCGCUGGCGACCAGCGUGGAUCGUACAGGAGGCAUGGAGGACGAGGAGCUCACCAACCUCAACUGGCUGCAUGAGAACCUGCUGCAGAACUUCACUCUGGGAGGUCCCGAGGCUCAGCCCAGCGGCAGCCCGCUCUUCGACAUCGAGGGAGACUACGGGUCCAACCAGGGCCCGUCCUCCUCGUCCUCAUCUUCGUCACACGGCAGAGGCAGGGAGCGGGACUCCAUGAAGUCCAAACCUCCUUUCUCUUUUUCCCUCCUCAUCUACAUGGCCAUCGAGCAGUCUCCCAGCAAGUCUUUGCCUGUGAAAGAAAUCUACGGCUGGAUCCUCGAGCACUUCCCGUAUUUCUCCAACGCUCCCACCGGCUGGAAGAACUCAGUUCGUCACAACUUGUCCCUGAACAAAUGCUUCCGCAAGGUCGAACGGAGUUUGGGAAAGGUAUGUUCACACGCCAGAAAACCUUCAAACUUGCACCUUUUCCUUCUGUCUUCUCUGCAGCUUUGUUCUGAUGAUGCCAUGAAACUUGAUGAAACUCUUACAGGCCCAAAUGCGCCUGCUCUGGCUAAAACACUGCGGGGGAAGAGCCCUUUGCGGUGUGAAGCUGCAGUUUGUCUCAUGAGACGCUGCCUGUAACACAGUCGCAGGGACCUCUGACUCUGCUGAGAUAAGGCUGGAAUCCAGUCAAGGUCACAGAUACUCCUUCAGAAGAACUGCAAACACAGCAAACACAGAGAUAGGACUCUAUCACCCAAAGCACCACAAGGCAGAGUAACUGUUUAAACCGGCCGAGAGAAGCACCUCACCCACUGAUAGAAACUAAAACAUCGCCCAGAGAAGAGGAAGCAAAUGUGAACUCCAGCGCAGAGUUCAGUUUUUAGGAAGAAUCUGUGUCACUCAUGCUAAUCAGGUAGUUUUCCUGUGUAGAAAGAGUCAAAAAAAAGGGGAAGUUGACCCAGUCAGAAGCACAUGCUUAUAACAACGAGACAAAGACACUCUGAAUGAACAGGGUUAGAUAUUAGUAACCUUUUAUUAUGUAAUAGCUCAUGUAGUUCCUAAUUACUGUCAUAUCCGUUCAUUUUUCUUUGAGGGAGUGUGGUGAUGACCCAAAAAUAACGCAGAAGUAGAUUUGGUUUGUGACUAAAGUAACAUUUCAGUGCAACAGUGGAGCUGCUUCUCCAAGUCAUCAAAAGCAAAAAAUACAAAUAUUCAGAUGUUACACACAGGUUUAUAUGUUCUGUUGAAUAUUUUAUUCACUGUCUACCAAGUCUGUUCUGUAAAAUUCUGCUUAAUUUGAUGAGCUGUUCCUUUAAGUCUUCAAGCAGUUAAGCGUCCCGUAGGGAACUUUAAACCAGAUUUGCCAAAAUCUCUUGUUUCUUCUAAUGUCUCCCUGUCACCUGCAACAGGGAAUGAGCCCAUCUGUGUUAAGAUGAGCUACUUCUUAAUAGUGAAAACAGGGAAAACGGGAGCCAGUGGUCGGGUCGGGACCACGAACAAAACGAUUUAAGGCACUCUGACCAGAGACGACACACGCAUUUUUCUCUUUUAUGAUGCACUGAAAACGCACAUAUUACUGUCACUACACAGACUGCAGAGCUGCUCUGUGUCACUCACCUCAGUAGUCCUGCUGCUCCACGUCUGUCUCACUCUCCAGGGCAGGAUGACCCAGACUCGCUUCCAAUUUUAAAUACAUUUACAAAGUUAGUUGCCACAAACUGCUCACAACAAAAGUUAGUUUCUGGAGCCCUGACGUGCGAGCCAGAUAAGUGUCUUUACGACAAUAAAACACUACCGCUUUUGUCCAUAGUGGUUACCAAAAUCAACAGAAAAUGAAAACUCCAUCCAGCUGCUUUAACUUUCAAUCAAGUUAGAAAACCUCUUUGUCAAGACUUCAAGAAUUUACUUAUCUCAGUUAGAUUGGCAGCAACCUCGCUAAAUCCAAAUUGACUAUUGUAAGUAGGAGAUAUCGAGCUUCACCUGCCCCACUGUGACUGAAAAAAGCAAAGCUCAACAAAAUCCAGAAAUGAUUUAACACAGAACAUUUAACUAAAAAAAAUCUGUUUUCAUGUCGGAGUUAAACCACUGAAAGCCAGCAGCUUAUCACGCAGUCUGUUUUAUUAGGAAGCUUAUGCUAACAUCACUUUAGUGCUUCUUUCUCUUUGGAAUAGCAGUGGGAGGGUUUCUCUUUUUACAGUCAGACCUGUGUCAGACAUGUUCAUGCAACCUGAUGUUCAUGUAACUGUCCUGAUCCACAGACUUAAACUGUCAGCUCUCAUUAUUCACACAUUCAAAAACUGAAGGAGUCGACCCGGAGAGUUUCGCAAUCAGAGCGUUUCAGGAUUCACGGGAUUACACAAGGAACAGAAACAUGUCAAUAAAGUCACGUAACAACAACCGUUAACUUUGUGAUGAAAUCAGAAUCAAAGUCAGAAACUAUGAAUCAGGAUGAAGAACGAGGGAAAAAGAAGAAGAGGAGGAGGAGGGAGAAAAAUCUUUCUAAUUUGAUGUGAGAUAGUGGGUGACAAACGGUGGCAGCCAUAUUGAGCUUCAGUGUGAGUUCAUGUCUGUGACCGGCAGAGUCUGCGAUGCCAAAGCUGUGUCUGGCUAAGACCUCAUAUUUUCCCACCGUGGGAGGGGAUGGCGGUUAGCACUCAGCGAGCAGCGACAUGGUGAGGCGCAGGCCGCUCAGCAUGCAGGUGCGCAGCGUGAGCCCUUCGUCUGCCGAGACACCAGCGCCAGUUUCACAUGACACUGGCUGGUGGUUUCCGUUGCCAUGGAGACAUUUCCUCCUUCCUGCAUCAGAGCUGGUUGGUAAUCUGAGUCAAGGUUAUUCUCCUCCCUCCCUCCCGCUCUCUCUCUCUCUCUCUCUCUCGCUCCACCCUUCCCUCCCUCGCUCUGCUCUCCUCUCAGACUGGGCAAAGCGCCGCCAUCAGAUAAAGUGACAGUUAACACACUCCCGCACACAUCACCAACAGACAAAUGUAUCCUCUCACAGCGUGUGGAGGACUUAUUUCCUCCUUUUGUUGAGGCUGUUUAGGAAUUCUUAGUGGAGCUUUCUCUACUUUCCACUGUUUGAUUUCCUCGGAGGACUUUCCCUCUAAAGUUUUUUGCCUUUGUUUGUGCGGAGUGAGACUCGCUGAGAGUGUCGGCCUUUUGACUGAUUCUUUAGUUCCCAUUUUCACCGUCAAAAAUACUUAAAAUUUUCAGAGUUGUUUCAUUUCUUAUUUAUUUAAAGCUCUUUUAAAGCUGCUUCAGAGUUUUUAUAAGAGUGAGUUCUCACCCUAAAAGUUUGGGGUUAAAUCUUCCUCAUUUAUACUGAGUCUUUGUUUCUCACAUCGUAGCAUUAUGAAGGCAGGGUAAAGAAUUUGAAGUAUGCAAAUGCGAAAAGGAAACAAUGCAUUAUUUACAGUUGUGAAUAUCUGAUGAAGAAGCAAACGCAAACAGUAAAGAUGUCGAUUUGGACUCGAGCGGCAGCCUCCAGUUUAGAGAAAUGAGGCCAAUGCAGAAGUGCUUAAAGCUGCUGCUGUUCCAGUGUACGCACUCACUCAAAAACAACUUUCUUUACAGUAAAAUAAACACAUUUAUAACCUGCUUCAAAAUAGAAAUCUGCUCUGAUAAGCUUAGUUCUCUCUCCCCACAAUAACUCAUUAUUUAGAGAUUUUAAGGGCAAGAGUUUGGCCACUUCUCCUCUUUGUUAGGAGUCAGUAUUUACAGUUUGGUGACCAUCUUAAUGUUUCAAACUGCAUCCACGUCUUAUACAGUCUGCACUCGAACACAAAACAUUGACAGUUAACAUGAUUUACUUUUCUUACUUGAGAUCUUCAUGAGCUCCUUUGACGUUGUUUGAAAAAAGUUCAUGCACUUCUCUUCUAACUUUUAAAACAAGCUCAAAAAGGUGGAUACAGCGUUGAACCAAGCGUUUGUGGUCCUAAACGCAAGAAUCCUUUCUGUGUCAGCUGUUUAUUGUCAUUGUGGAGUUGAAAAUAGUUGAAUUACUGCACUUAAUAAAACAAACGAAGGGUGGGACUCUUGAUAUCAGCUUCGAUAUCAGUCAAACUACCACUAGCAAAUCACCCUUUUUCCUCACUUUUGCUUUUUUAAACCUGAGUUUAUCUGAAGGAAGAGUUUUUCCUCUAAAUCCUGAUAUUAUAUUGAAGAUUUCAUGUUAAACCACCUGUUUGUUUUUGAUAUUUUAUUUGUAAAACUUUCAGUCCACUGACAUAAGAUUCAGGCAGCUAACAAAUCACAUCGAACAUAUGCCCACCACUCUAGAAGACUGAAGCAAACAUACGGAGUUGGUGCAGAAAUAUAACACCUAUCAUUUCAGAUUUUCACGUUUUAAAGGCUUGAUACUCUAUACUCUGUCAAAUCACAGCUUAGUUCUUCCAGUCUGAGCGCUACUGCUGCCUUUUGAAGCCAAGGUAUACAGCUAUAGAUUAAACUGAUCUACUUUACUCCUCACCUACAUUGAUAUCUUGAAUAUAAGAUCAAGAUACCUGUCGAAUUCAAGCCUGGGCUCAAACUAGGGUGAUACCAACUGUACCCAAGAAGCAGCACUUACUCCAGGACAUUUCCUCGUCUUACUUUUUAUGAACCUCUUGAUUUGUUUUGCCACAAGUUUGAUUUCCUCACUCUCUCCUGCAGGCCAAUGGGAAAGGUUCUCUGUGGUGUGUGGACCCCGAGUACCGCCCCAACCUGAUCCAAGCUCUUAAGAAGCAGCACUUCCCUGCCGCACAUGCCUUCUGCACACCACCCGCCUCCCCACCCAGGUAAACGUCGAUCCCCAACACUCGUUUUUUUUCUUCUGUCGCCGAAAGUGUAAAGAGUCACAUCUAACUUUUGUCUUUCACUCCUCCUGCAGUGCCUCCUCACCCCCUCGUCAUCUCUUUCUACAAGGCUGCUCAUUCAAAGGUGAGACCGAAGCUGCGAACUUCCCUGCGUUCACAAAUAAAAAAACUACGACCCGCUGAUGUUACCAAACGUUCUCGAUCUGUGCGGUUUUUUCCACUCUGUGUUUGUGCAGUAUUUUGAUUCUGUUGCCUUUGCACAUUUCAGCCCCAGAACAUUCAGCAUCACUGUGCUUUUCAACUCCUCAACUCUUGGUUUUAAUGUGUUGCUUUCAAGUCAUUGAUGCCUCAUGAAGACCAUAAUAGUUGAGAGCUUCCAGUCGAUGUCUCCCCUCUCCCCUCCCUCUGCCUCUUGGAUUUGUAACCUUGACGACAGGCUGAGGUUCUGCCGGUGCAGAGGGUCGAGCACUCAGUCUCACAGUAAUCAUUAAUAAUUUAGAGCCCCAGAAGUGAGCUCUGAGGCUUUUAGACACUUUGUCAGCUCUGAAAAAAAAAACGGAUGCACUCUCAGUAUCAGUGGCUUGAAUUUAUUCUCUGGAUUUUUUGUUUGUUGGAGCAUACUCCACCCUCUGAUUAGGCGCUGUGUUAAGGCUACUUAGAUUUGUUGUAAAGUGGUGAUAUUAUGAGAAUUAACUUGUAAUUUUAGGUAAAAAUCCUCAAAAUGGACAUCGUGAUUAAGUGUUAAGUUGCUUCAAAAAAUCAAAGUACGGCUUCGCAAGAUCGUCCUCAUUUUCCUCUGAAUAUUACCACUUAACUCUCAAGUUCUGGUCCGUCUUGUUCAAGGUGUCCCCUGAUACUCUGUUGUAGUUUCGGCUGCUUUGAUUGUGGUCUAAAAUGAUCCAGACAAACCCGGUCCUCCCGGUCCCAGUUGCAGAGCAGAGAUGCGGUGGCGAUCACUUGCUUUCUUCACGCCGUAGGACUGACCAUCAUGCAUGUUCUCUCCUCUUCCAGAGUCUGACAUUGAUGCUGCCACUGCCAUGAUGCUCUUAAACUCUGCCCCCGGGCACCACGUUGACCCAUGUAAGAGAAUCCACCAGCAGCCAUAUUCUCACCUGUACUUCUGUCUGUCUGUCUGUCUGUCUGUCUGUCUGAGACCCCUGACAUACCACCUUUCAUUGCUUUCUUAUGAUUUCCUGUAUUUGUGCCUUUAUUUGUGACACUGGAUUGGUUCAUGCACAGGAGAGGGUGCACAAGUCUUCCUGUGACACUUCUUUUAAAGAUGUACUACAGAAGUCAAUCAAUCAAUCAAUCGAAUUUUAUUUAUAUAGCGCCAAUUCACAACAGUCGUCAUCCCAUGACACUUCUCAAAGAACAAGAGCAGGUCUAGACCACGCUCAUUGUUUGAUGAAUUAUCAAGACCCAACCUAAGAUGGGAUUUGGCCCAUCUCAUCUAACAUGAGUAACAGAGGCAAGAAAAAACUUCCUUUUAACAGGCAGAAACCUUGAGCAGGACCAGACUCAUGCUAGACAGCCACCAAGCCGCUGCUGGGUUGGGGAGGAGGGAGGGAGGGAGAGAGAGAGAGAGAGAGAGAAAGAGAGGGCAGGGGGAGAGAAGGAGAACAAGAUAGAGGGAAAAAGAGAGAGAAUGAGUAAGGGAGAGGGAGGGAGAGAGAGUAGAGAACAAGGGUGAGAGAGAGAGACAAACAGGGGACAACAGCAACAACAACAGCAGCAGCUCAUGUAAUGGUGAAACAAAAUGAAUUCAGUUUACAGGGUAAAGAUAUGAGUAAUUAUGGACAAUGUUAAAUUAAUGUAAUGUGAUUACAGUCAGCAGGCCUGAUAGUAGUUACCUCUAGAUUUAUGUUAUUAAUGUCAGUGAGGCUGAUGUUCACUGAAGUGAGUUUAGCUCUGCGAAAAAAACAGAAAUAAAGGAUGUUGAGGCCAGAAGGGCUCCAGUUACCAACUUACCUAAUCCUCAUGGUUGUUAAAUAAACACACAGUGAAAUAAAGUCAAACCUGGGACCAUUUUUUAGGCCAGGGAAUCAUCAGAGAGUUGAGAUACUGGUCCUGAUCUUCACUGUCAAAACAUGUGCAUCACACUAAAGAGCUUUGGGGUAUUUUAACAUCAGCUAAAUCUACGUCUGAGCGUGUUAGCACAGCAGAAACUGUUUCUCAAACGUCCUAUAUUUAUUGAAACAGAUAACUUUGUUUAUUUUGAGCAUGACUAGGUUUUGUUAAAGCUCCUCUUCCCCCUUCAUGAAUGCAGCCAGAUAUUUUUAAAGCCCGGGUCAGACGGUCUCAGUUCUGCUUUUCUCUCCUAAACAAUCAGACUAAAGCUUCACAAACAUCUUCCCAUGCUCCUUCCAUCUUCUUCUCUCCUUAGGCAACUCUGAAGGCCCGCUGGACCUCUCCCGGCCCGACUCGGUCCUGGUGAGCAGCGAUCCAAAGCAGGACCACAACUACAGCAGCGUGGCCCUGCAGCGCUGCUCCUCCCGCUCCUCCUCCUCAUCCCUCUCCUCUCUGGACGAAGGAGGCUGCGACCGGAGGCAGUCCCGCCGCGCCGGCAGCGAGGGCUUCCACAGCGACGAGGACUCCGACCUCUGGGACGAGAGGGGCGUCCAACAGACGACCCGGCGCCCCCCGGCGAUCAAGUGGCCCGCCGUCAAAAGGCCGCGCCGAGAGGUGAAGCCGGAGCUGGAUGAGGAGCUGAAGGAGGCGGCGGGCUCCUUGCUGCAUCUCGCCGGUAUACGCAGCUGCACAGAGGGCUCCAAACGCACUGUCAAGAGCACAAAACUUAACAGGAAAUGAAGAAUUUUUUUUGUUCAUUUUAGGCCCCCAUCAGACUCCGGACCCUGUGAACCCUAACCUCUGACCCCUGAUCGUUUGUCCCAGUGUGCCUCCUUCUCCUUAUCUGAUCGUUCAUUGACCAUUUUGAGCCUUUUUUUGUUCGGGAAUACCCCUGUCCAACGAAACAAAUGGCAAUAGUAUCGUUCACACAGGAGAACAAAGCCAUAUAGAGACUUUUGUAACUCGGGGGUGACUGCCAGGGCGGGUUUUUGGGGCUAUGGAGAACCAUCAAGUAAGAGAAACCUAUCCAAAAUAAACUGCCUGCUUCUGUUGGAUUAGACGAUUGUGAUUCAAGGAUCUCCCUCUGAGAGACGAACUGGGAAAAGCUGAAGGUUUUAUAACUCAAAGCGUUGCAUGCUUCCUCCUCAAACCUGUAUCCUCUUCCAAGUGAAUCUAUUUAUGAAGCGAAUGAGUGCAUGUUUGUAACAGACAAAAUCUAACCUCCUGGUGUUAUCAGUUUCUCCUCUUUGUGCUAAAGAAAAAAAAAGAUGCCACUGUUUUUUCCACAGGAAUUCUCGCUCUACGAAUCCUCCUCUGAGAGAUGCAAUAAUUAAUCCACAACCUUAACUUUUUUGACUUAUUUCAUGGUGUUGUUUUUUUUUUUUUUUUCCAAGGCGAGUAUGUUAGUUUAACUUUACAAUUAAGAAAUGAACGAGCAGUACUAUGAUCUUGUUAUGCGACAAACUCAUAACGCACGGGCUCCCGGCUCAGAUUCAGGAUUAGCAAGACGAUGAAUAGUAUUCCUCUGCCACUGCCAAAUUUAGUUGCAAAGUUAGCUAAACUACUUGGCUCAGUUCUGAGUUCUGCCAUCGCAGCGUGAAAGCUUGUUUUUAUCUUUUUUUUUAUUUUUUUACCAUCGUGUUGGUCCCACCCAUCAUCCCACAGUGUGUGUUUUUUUUUUUUGGACAUUGACUGUGCAGACACAGAACAUUUAAUCACAUGUUUGGUGACCGCCUAUGCAAAGUAAACAUCUGCCGCGAGAUGUGUGCUCAUAGGUUAGCCUCCAUAGGUUUUAUUUAAUUUAAUUUUAGUGUGUGUGUGCGUGUGUGAGUGUGUGUAUCAUAGUGCAUGUGGACUUGAGCUAACAGUGGUCAAACAAAACAGUCAUUCUCCUCCUGAUUGGUUUGACGAUACGAUGGGUCUCCUUAUGACGGCUGUGUUGACACUCUGCUCGCUCCUGGAAGCAGAACUACCUAUUAAUCCGAAACGAUCACAGCUUCCUUAAGUUUGGAGUUUGUUUGUUCUUUUUUUUGUUUGUUUUUUUUUAACCGUGUAGUUACGAAAAUCACAGCACAGCUUAUCAUCCGCAGCCAAGUUCAUUCACACACUGAGAGAAAGUGUGUCUGAAGCCUCUUUUACACUGCAGUCCUGCAAAUUUUCCCAUUGUGAGUUGCACGUGUGAACACAAGAGCCAAAUUAUUCACCCUGACUGUAAAUCUCAUAUCUGAUUUUUUUUCCUUACAGCCCAAAAACAGCUAAUUGAAUUGUGCAAAUCUUUGACCUUCAGAAGCUAAAUAAAGUCGUCACAUCUGAGUGAUCUGCGCUCAUAGACACAAGCUAAAAAAGUUUGAUGACGUCAGAAAGUUGCUCCUGUUGCGAUGGAGGAGCAACAUAAUGUGUCCACCAGGGCUGUCACUUUUUAACCCAAAAGUUGAGUGUUAGCUGAAGGUAUAAAGAGCCAUUUUUAAUUCAAAAUAUACAGUUUGUGAGUGCAUAUUAGAAGUAGCUUGAGGUUUAAUCCAGCAGAGGGCGCCCUCCUCGUUACCUGACCAUCGCAUGGCUCUCUUGCCCUCAGUCAAAAAAACGGGCUUGAUUUUCUAAAAUUCAAGCUCUCCUAGGUGGUCACAAGACCAGAUCAUCUGGAAAACGCUUUGGGGAAGUAUGUUGUUUUUUUGCACAGAUAGCAAGAAGAAAAACAAAAGUGCUGUCAUGGCAACAAAUCUGCCUGCUCAGAGCAGCAGUGGUACAUGCAGCAUCAGAAAGUGAGCUAUACUCAGUCCCGAUCAAGUUGUAGACGAGAGUUUCAGGCUAAUAAUACUAAAUAAAACUUUGUUCUAUAUUUAUUGGAACUUUAUUUUUUGGGGGAAAAAACUGACAGCCCUGAUGUUCGAUUUUGUGAAUCCACUUCAAAUGAUCAGGUGGACACUGACACUGAGCAGAGAAUAUAUUCGUACUCACAGGUAUGAUAUAAACACAGAUCACCCUCUAAAUAAAGACAACCACUCUUCUGCACCACUCCCCUCACCCAAACAAAGAAACUGAGUUGAUUCGACACUGAAAAUCUCCCACUAUGAGGUCCAUUUUUAAAGCUUAAAUGCUCUGUAUCCUGCCGAAAAUUUCAGGACUUCAUGUGUGAAAAGGGCGUGUUUGUUUAGUAGUGAAUGAAAAGUGCAUAAUGAGCACAGAACGGGGCAAUGGCCUUGGUGCUUUUCGCCGCUCUCAUGUUGUGCCCUCGGUUAGUUCUCGCAAGCUUCUAGUGUUUCCUCCUUGCCCUUCCUCUUAGAACAAAAUAAGGAAGUGCACACUCUCUUCUCAAGCUGUGAAAUGGAGUGUUGUUGCAUGCAGUUCAGCGAGGGGAAGUUGUGUAAAAAUGCCACAAUUCCUAUUCGAGCUUUUUGAAAAGGCUGCACACUCAGAGUACAAUGCCAGGUAGCAUGGAAGCACACGGACUGCUGAUGUUUUAUUCCCACAGUACUUGACCACAUGGUGUCACAUCCAAUGAUAGUAUCGCAUGCAUGGCGGGUGCCAAAUGCUUUCUCGUGCCACUGAUUUAAAAACUGCAAGGGGCCACUGUUUCGUUUUUCCCCCCGCUGCCACGAUAGUUGUGAUUUAGAGUGACGAUGCCCUACUUUUUCUGAAUCAUCUGAACAGGAAAUGGGAGAGGACUCCGGUCGGCGCGGUGACUUAACCAAUCACUUUGGUUUAUUUUUGUCGCUCCGGAGUGGGAACCGCUCUCAGCAGAGAGAAUAAGCUGCAGCUCUCAGAAGUAAUAGUUGCAAACACUGGUCUCGUUUAGCUGUGAAAAAAAAGAACAAAUGAUUGUUCGUUAAUCAUCACCUUAUUUAUGACUUUAAUUUAUGGGAUUAUUGAAUGCAUACUCUAUCAAACACUGGUCACUUGAAACUGACUAGGCACAUUUAUUUUCCUCCUCUGUGAACUCUUUUAAAUAAGUUAAUUUUCCUUGUUUUAUUUUAUAGCAAUACGCCUUUUUUUCCUUUCACUAUCUGUCAUAGUGAUUAAGUAUUUUGCCAAUGUUUAUUGUCUUUAGAGCGGGUGUUUUUAUUUUCACUUUAACCAUGACUGCCAGGUUUUCUUGAUGUUUUGUUUUGCUUUUUUGUUAGUCUGGAUAGAGGACACUUAAUUAACACUGAUCCUGAAAUCUUCUGUUGCCAAAAUUAGCGUACGUACAGCCGGGGUUUAAAAUUCAAAGUGAAGACAUUCCCCGUGAACCUGAGAGGUUAUUUAAAGAUGAUCGAAUCGUAUGUUUUACACUUGUCUCAUGUUUAUGUUUGGAUCUCACCACAGAUUAGAAACUAAAAACAAAUACUGCCAUCAUAACUCAUGCUUCCAGGUGUCGUUAUGGGAUGUUGAAUUGUACUGAAAUAUACCUGAAAAGUGGAACUCGGCCCCUUUGUGUAGUUUGAGACCCACAUUUGAGUUGCAGAGGAGUUAUGGAGACUGUUUGGGAGAAUUUCACUCAUUCUUUCUGUAGCACUUGCAAAAGAAUUGUAACGUUGUUCUCAAAUGGGAUGAGCCGCCGACUGAAACCCGGUCUCUCAUCAGCUGUUCUGAAACGUUGGUUCAGAGAGUCUCAAACUUCUGUUGCAGUUUCUUUGGGUAUGAUGAUGAUGAUGACGAUGAUGAUGAUGAUCAUUUUGUUGCAUUUGACGAAGCUGCCAACCCAGUAUCAGUUUGUGUCAGUUGUCUGCCAUGUCUAUCGGACCGACACACCUUUUGGUUUUUGUAUGCUAACCUCUGUUGAUAAAAUGUUUAUAAGAUUUAUUUUCGCCAAAGAUAUGCAAUUGCAUUAUAUAUGGUAUUACAAAAUAUUAAUAAAAACCUGUUCUUGUUAUUUCUG